AUGCAUUUAAAAGGAUUUUUCAAGUUAAGAAAAUACAGUACGCAAGUGAAAACGACGAAAUUCUUCACUACACCUAUUUAUUAUGUAAACGCAAGCCCUCACAUCGGCCACCUGUACAGCUCGCUAAUAGCGGACGCGGCGCAACGAUGGCAGCGACUACUCGCCGUCGGUGCGGACAUAAAAUUUUCAACGGGCACCGAUGAACACGGAUCAAAAAUUCAACAAGCCGCCCGCCAGAACGGCGUCCCGGCGUCCGCCUAUUGCCGCACGAUUUCCACGCAAUUCGAAAAAUUGGCGCGCGAUUUCGACGUCGGUUACACCGACUUCACCAGGACCACCGCGGACAAUCACCGAAACACCGUCGAAUUGUUUUGGAAUACGCUAAGGAGUAAGGAUAGAUUUUAUUUAGCGAAAUAUGAAGGAUGGUAUUGCGUUCCCGAUGAGACGUUUCUGACUGAAUCUCAGCUGAAGGAAACCGUCGGGAGCGAUGGUAAAAAAUUGUUGGUGUCUAUCGAAAGCGGUCAUCCGGUCGAAUGGAGCAGCGAGGAGAAUUACAUGUUCAAAUUGAGCCAGUACCGAGACGAUCUUAUUUAUUGGCUUAAAACCAACGAAAAUUCCGUUCGACCGAAGAAAUUCCGCAAGAUAGCGCUUGAUUUCCUCCAUCAGGACGGCGGGCUCCAGGACCUCUCCGUCUCCAGGCCGACCAAGAGAAUUAAUUGGGGAAUCCCCGUUCCUGAUGAUCCUUCACACACGAUUUACGUGUGGCUGGACGCUCUCACCAAUUAUUUAACAGCAGCUGGCUACGGUACCGAUGCUUCCCAGUUCCAACAGUGCUGGCCUCCUGAUGUUCAGGUCAUCGGAAAGGAUAUACUGAAAUUUCAUGCCAUUUACUGGCCGGCGUUUUUGAUAGCAGCCGAUUUGGAACCACCAAGGACCAUAUUUUGCCAUUCCCACUGGACUGUGGAUAACGAAAAAAUGUCCAAAUCGAAAGGAAACGUCGUUUGUCCUUUCAAAACUGCUGAAACUUACACGACUGAUGGAUUUAGAUACUUUCUUCUACGCGAAGGAGUAGCCCACAGCGACGGAAAUUACAGCGAUUUGGCAGUGCUGAGAGCGCUCAACUCUGAGCUGGCCGAUACAUUUGGAAAUUUGUUAAACAGAUGCACGGGAUCCGCGUUGAAUCCCGAACAGAAGUUCCCGGAAAUCGACGUUGGCGCGUUGGAGGAAAUCCGACAAUCGGACGUCGCUAAAACGUUGAUGGAAAACGUGGAGAAUUUACCAGAAACCUGCAAGGAUCACUACGACGAGAUGAAUUUCUACAAAUCGAUCGACGCGAUCCUGGCGACUUUGCGGAGCGCGAAUUUGUUUUUCGAAACGUUGAGACCAUGGGAACUGGCAAAAGCGCAGGAAACUCGCCGAAAACUCGACACCGUGCUCCAUGUGACUCUGGAAACUUUGAGGAUAGCUGGCGUGUUGCUCCAACCUAUAACGCCGAAUAUAUCUAAAGUUUUAUUGGAUAAAAUUAAUAUCCCCGUGGGAGAAAGGACUUUUAUUCAUUCGAAGCAUAUUUCGUGGCGCGACAAGGAUUUCAAGGAGACGGAUUUGGCUCCCGGCAAAGUGGUUUUGUUCAAAAGAAUUGUUAGCGAUGACAAGAAAGCGAAAAGUAAAAAUUAA